UCUAUCACCCCCUGCUCUCAAAUCUUUACCACCAUGAGAAGCGCUGAACAAAGAAACAGCAUCAUCACUUCAAAGCGGAAUGCAAGAGACAAGGCGCUGGGUUUUGCUAGUCCUUAUUUGGUGAACGACCAUGACGUCUAUACCAAAGCAAUGGCCAGCGAAAUUGUGCAAAGGAUAGCCAAAGAAGAAUGGACCUCUUCUCGAGUCCUUGAGGCAUACAUUGCACAAUCUGCCAUGGCCCAGGCCGAGGCGAACUGUCUUACAGAAGUCUUAUAUGAGGACGCCCGAAAACGAGCAAAAGAGCUUGACGCAGAAUUUGCGACUACAAAGACAUUGCGGGGACCUUUCCAUGGUGUUCCAUUCAGCGUCAAGGAUAAUUAUCAGAUUGAAGGAUACAACACGACGACUGGUCUCACCGCGUGGGCCAACAACCCAGGCAAAAAAGACGCUUGCCUCGUUGCUCAACUCAGAGCUGCUGGUGCCAUCAUCUUCGUGAAGACCAAUGUACCGCAGACAAUGUUCGCGUUCGAGUGCUCUGUAAAAAUGUAUUCAAUUGUAGUGGCUGAUCUCUUGGUGAUCAUCUCACGCGAUGCAAUGUCUCCCGUUCACCCUGUCGUAUAG